AUGAGCCGAAUUUUUGCCUUGAAAGACAGCAAAGAGAAUGUCAAAGGGAUCUUCUUGAACGUUUACGGUACCAAUCCCGGUCGAUCAUCUGACAUUGUCUGCACCAUCUCCUGCUGGGAGUCUGCUGAAGACGUUUUCUGGGCUAAAGUCAACUACGAUGAAAUAAACUUCAAAGAUGAUCUGGCUACCAUGCGAUCGGGAAUCAAACCUUUCUUCACCAUCUGCAAGGAUCAGUACCGCUACCAGCGCCUUGGAAAACAGGCUGCUGGUCGUUUAUGGCGCGAUCAACCUUGUUCUGAACCCAAUCCCGUCCAGACUCGUCCACUAAAUGGAUUCUUCGACCAGCAGUUCGCAUGGCUCGUCCCUGAUUGCUACAAGAACGGCAACGUUUGCCUCGCCCAUGGAUCGGUUAACCGGAGAAUGUCUCCCAACUUCUACCUGAACAAAAUCGACUUUGAUGGAGAUCUCUCGGGCACCAUCAAGAACUUGCCGAUCUGGGCCAACGGGGCUGUCGAUGGCUACGAUACCGUCGAUCUGCCCUUGCGUUGA